AUGUCUCGAAUUCAAAAUGCAUUUUUAUCCAAAAACAAAGUUCAAUUGCUGGCAAUAUUUGGUGUUUUAAUUUUCACAAUAUGGUUUUACGGUGAAUUUGCUGUAAAUUGUGCAAUCAUAUUUGGUGGUCCACCCUUUCGUUGCGAGUUUCAUAUGGUUAGGUUUGUUUCAAAUUGUUCAUGAUUUUCGAAAACAUUUUUUAGAUGUUUACUUCGAAUGAAACAUGUGAAAAAGCAUUUGCUUGGAACAUUCAAUUAGUGGGCAGGAAUCGUAUUUUCGAAAUUUUUAGCACUGCAAUCAUCCCUCUUCUAUUUUUCUAUUUAUUAGGAUUCCGUUAUAUAUUGAAAAAACUUGGAAAGAGUGUCGCAUUUGAGAAAUCCAAAGAAAUCUUCAAUGUUUUUCAAUAUUUUUCGAUUUUUGCCUAUGGCUUUGUGAGUUUUACUUACUAUUUUUAUAUUAAACACUCUCACCGACCCUAUACAGAUCCGUCUUUUCUGCCUUUUUGUUCAUUGUUUCUAUGGUCUCAAUAUUUUUGUUCCCUUUGAUUUUUUGUCGCAUCUUCUUAUUUGUAAGCCUGUAUCGAUUUUCGUGUAUGCAAUACCAUCAAUGUUUCUAUUUUCUCACAGAAAUAAGGCAUUGCUGAAUAUGAAAACCAAUAAAGUUGGUGUUGUUCAAGAACCGGAAUUAGAGGCGAAAAAUGAAGAAGAACGGAUCGAGAUGGAUGAACGUAAUACAAAUAAUGAUAAUCAUGAACACGUUGCGGAAUGA